AUGGCCAUCUACACAGGCGGCAAAAGCAAAGCAAUCUCCUCCCCCCGCCACCUCACCCUCCGGCACGCCCGGCGCAAAACCCGGCUCUCCAAAAUCGCCCGCGGCCUGCUCUCCGCCGCCGAAGACGACCAACCGGUCCUCAAACCCGGCGAAGAAAAGCUCAACUCCUUCUGGGCCCCCGGCCUCGAAGCCGGACCCAAGCACAUCAUCUCCGCCACGCAAACUAUCAAAUCCAACAACCAGCCGGAUUUAGUGCUCACGUCCGAGCAGGACUUUUACGUCGACGCGCCGCAGUUCUCCCUGCCUGAGGGCUCGGUGUACUCGGUUUUCCCGCCGUCGGGGUAUCCCGAGGAUGCGAAUAUCCUGCCGCAUGUUGUGCUCUCCGAUCCGCAUUUGCCGUGGGAGCGCCGGGGGAGUCCGAAGGAUGAUCAUCGUGGGGAUAAACGGAAUAAAGUGCCUUGGUUGAUGCUGUUUAGCUUUACCCAGGAGGAACUCAAGCUCGCGCCGGAUGCGUUCGGCGGGAGUACCGAGGUCAAGCAGACCCCCACGGGGGCAGUCAAUAUGACCGUUGGUGAUCUGUGGGAUAUCACUGGCAGUGCAGCAUCUGGCGUGACAACUCCUAUCACGAAGGAACUGGGGCCGGAGAAUAUCAAAGACGCCCGGGGUGAUUUUAUUUUUGUGAAGCCCGACCUGUUCAAGAGCAUGUUCUCGACUUUUGACGACAACAACACCCGGGUUGUCCCCGCGAGUCCAGACACGACCAAGUACAAGUACCUCGCCCACGUCCGUAACAUCAACACCACGGGUAUGGCCGAGGCGGGAAAAGAAGACGUGGGGAUCUUUUCCGUCGUCGUCGGCAGUCGCGCAGGUGUACUAGCCAACACCGCGCCGACGGCCGUAUCGGUGCAUCUCGUAUCCAUCGAAGGGGUCGAGGAGAUGACUUCCUGGGCAGACGACAAGAAAUAUAUCGCGCUCUGCUCGCUGCACAGCUGGAAUUACACCGUCAACCCCCCGGGUACUCUCAACGUGCACGACGCGUUCGUCCACCUCGGCGAGACGCUCGAUUUGCUGAGGGCACCAGACGCUAUUAUCAACCCGCUGUUACGUGCCAACGACAAAGUCAGCCAGCGCCUCGCCCAGCGUCUGCAAGACGGUUAUUCCCUCGUCAAAUACCGGGUUCAAACCGGGGAAAAAACCAUGGCGCUGUACCGGGGCCCGUUCACCCCCACCGUGGUCGCUCCACAGGGCGGGGGGUCGGCAGACGAUAGGGAGGUGAAUCUGCGGUGUUCGAAUUCGGGACAGGAUUUGCAGGUGCUGGAUCGGGAGGUGGGGCUGAUGGAUGUGAGUUAUUCGGUGGCGUGGCAGGUCGGGAGGAUGUUGGCGUUGGGGGACCAGGGGUUUGCGGCUGCGCUGGUGAGGCAUCGGGUGGCUAUUCAGGGGGGGGCGAUGAAGGCGGCUAAGGUUGAUGUUGUGAGGGGGGUGGCCGAUAAGACUUUCCGGACCCGGACGGAUUUGCUUGCGGAUUUGAAGGAGACAGCGGGGCAUUUGGGGAGGAUUCAUCUUGGUGAUGACAACGGUGAUGACAAUAACGAUGGUGAUGAUGGUGGUGACCCGCCCAGGUUCCUCCCCGGAUCCCCUCGGAAAAGAUGGCAUCGCCCGCGUCUGCCCAAGCACCAAUACCCCCCCCUCCACUUCAACGCCCCCGAUAUCAAAACCCGCUACCUCCACCACGCCACCAACAUAGCCCACCGUCUCGCCCAGUCCAAAUCCGGCCCCGGUACCAUCUACGACGAAACCAACGACCCCGUCUCCACCGACUGGAUGCAAAUCCUCGCCUGGAUCCUCGACCGCAUGUUCCUAUCCGGCAUCCCCUCCCACUACCUGCUUACCGACCCUUCCCAUCUGCCCACGGAGAGCCUUCGUUUCUUCUACAUCGACCCCAACUGGGUUGACGCUCUCAUCGAUGGAGCCCUCAGUUUGGGAAACCAUAUGGGUGAGGACCGGGAUCGGGUGGCCAUCAAGCAGGCUAUCAACACCUUUCUACAUCACGUCCCGGAGCAUCAGACGCAUGCGCCGCAGAUACCGACGUAUGGGUUUUAUCUGCGGUCGGAUUUGGUGACGAUGUUUCCCGACCUCAAAGUCUCCACCGAGCCAGAACCGCCCAAGGGGGUGUUGCCUGACAAAGCGCCGCUGUUACGGCAUGAGAUUGUUGCUGAUGGGGUGAUGCUCGGGUUGCUUGACCGGCUACCCGAUCCGAGCGUGACGUCUGAUUUCCAGGGGCUGUGCUUUACCCAACCGCCGCAUCAGCAAAGGUUUGCGGUCGGGUAUGAGCUGUCUGCCGAGAAGCUUAGUAUUGAUCUACGGCAUCAAUACACGGUUGACCAAGAAACGCGGGAAACAGACAAGUCCCGGCACAAACCGCUGGUCGAAUUCAGCACCACGCCAUCGGAUACCAAGAACUGGUUCACUUGGAGUUCGGAUCCUAGUGAUGAGACAAAAAAGAAUGACUUGCGGGUCGUGCGGCUGCCGUUUUAUGCCGAGGAGCAGACACGGAUUUUGAUGGAGAAGAUGGACAAGAAGUACUUUGAUGAUGACCAGCCGAAUGCGGCGUUGUUGGGGAUGCAGCUGAAUGAUGCGUUUUAUCGCCUGGUGGUGAGUGCCACGGAGCAGAGGGCCGCGGAGGCGUUUGAGAGGAUUCGGGAGGAUGGUCCGCCGAAGGUGAGGGCGCUGGGAAGGUUGGGGGUGCCGUAUAUCCGUCGAUCUUUGAGUGGUAAAGAUGGGGACGAGGGUGAGGACAACGAGCGUGGUGAUACUGGUGAUGGUGGUGGUGAGCUCGAGGAAGAACCCCAGCUGGAAGUGACUCCCCCCAACGCCCUCUUCCAACGCCACCCAACCUACCGCCCGCACCCCUCAACCCUCGCCCUCAACCGCUCUCCGCAUGUCCGCAACCUCCCCAUUCCCCUCUACGACCCCUCCGAGCACGGCCGUCUCCCACCCACCCGGACUCCCCCCAAUGAGCCCCCCAGCACAGUAUCCCUAGCCGCCCUAACCACCAAAGACAAAGGAGUGUCCGCCGACAAAACCGACCCCGCCGGUCCUCCCAUCUUCUCCUGCUACACCUUCACCUCGGGCUACGGCUCCGUCCAAACCAACGCCGACCCCCUCCCGCAGGACAUGAUCUUCUCCAUCCAAGCCACCAACACCGCCUCCUCCAACUACCAACUCAUCGAGUUCCAAAUCUGGGUUCCCCUCGGCACCGUCGACAACCCAGACAACCAUUGCCUCUUCCCCAGUUACUCCGGCCCGGGAGCGCGGAUGUUGAGUAAUCUACGGUUUAACGUCCUGCCGAUGUUGGCGGAUAUGCAGGGGGUGCCGUGUUUGGUGUUUCGGUUGUUGCCCAGGAGUGCGAGUGGGUGGACUUCUGUCAGGCCGGUGAGGGAGUUGAGCUUUUUGUUGUGUUUGGCUACGCCGAACGGGACGUAUGGUGGGGGGGCGAGCACGUUGGUUACGCUGUAUACGGCGGCGUAUUAUAAGUAUGUCGCGGAGAAGACGCCGGUGCAGGGGAAGUUUGUGGUGGCUUUGAAGAAGAAUGAGGAUGUUUAG